AUGCCAACUUCUAUAUUCUUACAUUCUUAACCCUGCUCAAGCCCUGUUUCCUUUAACGGCUAUAUUUCUCAGUCCAUAAUUUAAAUUAAUAAUUCACCACCGUCCCUCGCCAACGGUCCAUUCUUCACUACCCAACAAAUUAAACCCUUACAUAAAUUCUUCUUCCAAAUUUCUCUUCUCCCUCAUUCAAUCUCUCUCCAAAAUGGAUUCUUCUUCCCCUCCUGCUGCUGCCAAUAAAGUUCAACAUGUGACCAAAAAGUCCUCAGAUGAGUUACUGAGGAAGUUCGCUGAAGUAGAGGAUGAAGGGAAGGCGAAGAAGGAGCUCGUGAGGUUGUCUAAAAGGCGAAAGCGAGGCGCAAGAAGAAGAGAAAGUGAGUUCUGUGAAAGCUUCAAUGGUAACGGAAGUUUAGUGGAAAGGAAAUGGCUUCUUCCUCCGGCUGCUACGAGAAGGUCUUCAUUGCUUCGGCAGCUCGGGAUCGGGAGGUCGCCAGUGCUCAGAGGUAGAGAUUUCAAGAACAAGUCGCUUCUGGGAACCAUUGAGAAGACGUGGCAAAGAACUGUUGAAGGAGCUGUGAAGGUUUUCAUGGAAAAGCAUUAUAAUCGGCAUAGGCGUUUGCUGAACGAUGUCGUUUAGUUGAGGUGUUUGCAUAUGUUAUGGAUAUCAAAAGGAUUAUUUUUUUAUUUUUCGGUAUAUUUAAUUUACAUGAAAUUAAUUUUGAUUAACAUUAUUGUUUGUAAUUCUUAAGAAAUAAAUCAAAGUCUUAAUCCUUCGUAUUAGAAA